AUGGCCUCCCACCAUAAACUCAAUGGCCUCCUCUCCUUCCUCUCCCUCUUCCUCCUCCUCCUCUCCUCCGCCUCCCCCGCCCGUAUCCUCCUCGACGAGGAGAAUCCCGCUGCCGCCACCUCCGCCACCGUCCCCGGAGGCGGCUCCUCCAUUGACGGGGAGGCCGUCACUGCCCCCUCCACUACUGCCCUCGGAGGCAGGGAGGAUGCCGCCGCCGGCCCCACCUCCGUUGGCGGCGGCUCCCCCAUUGACGAGGAGGGUGCCAUCGCCCCUGGAGGCGGCUCCUCCAUCGAUGGGGAGGAUGCCGUCGCCGGCCCCACCUCUGCCACCGACGGCUCCUCCUCCGUCCCGGAGGGCGGCGAUGGGGCCCACCAUCCCCUGACGUUCUUCAUGCACGACGUGCUCGGCGGCUCACGCCCCUCCGCGGUGGCGGUGACGGGCAUCGUGACCAACCCGGCGGUCGGGGGCCAAGUCCCGUUCGCCAAGCCCAACGGCGCCGUCCUUCCGGGCCGCGGCGUGGGCCCCACCGCCACCAACAGCAACAACGGCAUCGUCAGCAGCAGCAGCAAUAACAACAACAAUAACAUGGUCAACAAUAACAACAACAUCCCCUUCCUCACGGGCCUCAGCGGCUUCACCUCCUCCAACGUCAUGCAGAACAACAACAACGGCAUAAUCGGAGGUGUCCCCGGGUUCCCGUCCCUCAACAGCGCCCAGUUCUCGACCGGGACCACCCUCCAAAAGCUCAUGUUCGGGACCAUGACCGUGUUCGACGACGAGCUGACCGAGGGCCGAGACCUCGAGUCGGGGCUCGUCGGCAAGGCGCAGGGGUUCUACGUGGCCAGCUCGGAGGACGGGAGCAGCCUGACCAUGGCGUUCACCGUCAUGUUUGCAAGCGGGAGCUACGCCGACAGCCUUAGCCUCUUUGGGGUCCAUCGCACGGCAGUGGCCGAGUCGCACCUGGCCAUCAUGGGGGGCACCGGAAAGUUCGUCAACGCCAAGGGAUUCGCGACCGUCAAGACUUUUCAGGGCAACGGCCAGCACAACACGGAUGGGGUCGAGACCCUACUCCAGAUUACGAUUUACCUCGCAUACUGA